AAGACCACCGCAACUCCGCCAUAGCCAACAGUGUACAGAAUCUCUGUUUCCUCCUUUCUCUUUCUGUCUCUUUAACUGCAAGAUCCAGAUAACGAACGAAGGGCACUGCGAGGGUUGGGUUGCUUAUUUAAGAGUUGCUGGAAUAAGCCAAUUAUAAUUCUGAGGUAAAUUGGAGCAACUUCACCGGCCAGUUAGAGUGAUUAUCACUUAGGUGAGGAAGAAGUAGUGCCAAAACGAAUUUGAAUUCGGGUCGGACUGUUUGGAACUUGGCUAUAAUGAGUUUGGGCUUGUUCGGGACUCUACAAGAUAUACUAUGCCAAUAAUCCUGGUUUUUGAAAAAUGAGUUCUAGUUCUUGGCCUGUUUUAUUUGACUCCUUGAGGAGCAUAGUUGAAACUCUUGAGAAAGCUAAUUCUGCUGAUGUUUCUGUGGCUAUAGCCAUAAAACAAUGUUCUGAGACUUCAAGAUGUCUUUUGGCUGCAACUGAGAGAACAGGUUUGUUAGCUGAACACAUGCAGCUGCUAAAUUUCCUGCUCAGAAUUGUUUCCAGUCUUCAACCAGAGGCAAGUAAUUUGUCAAAUUCAAGAGGCAAGAAGAACAUAUCUGGUUUCAACAGUUUAUGGGAAGUUGAAAUAGUAGCUUUUACAAUGAUUGGCGAACUAUAUUCAAGAUAUGGAUCUUCUUUACCAGUUGACACUUGGCAAUCAACAAUUGAGAUCCUUAGAAACAUUUUGGAAACGGUGGCAUCUAAGGGGCUUGUUAAGGAAGAUGGAGCCACUGCCCGGUUUUAUACCUCGCUUCUACAUUGUCUGCACUUGGUUCUUACAGAUUCCAAGGGACUGUUGUCUGGCCAUGUGGCAGGCCUUGUUGUGGCUUUGAGGAAUUUUAUUCAUUAUGGCCUUGCUAAUAAAUCACACAGUAUGAUUGCCAUCACUGAUAAGAAGCAGAUUACUUCUGUGAGCACGAAGACAGAUUUGACUGAAUCAACAACAUCACAAACAGGCCGAUAUAUGCCUCCACACUUACGGAAUAAAAAUCUGCAAAAUUUUCAGUUGAAGGAUGAGAAAUCACUAAUGAUGUCAUCUGAUUCAGAAAACAGUGAUAGUGAUGGAUCAGGGAGGAGUACUUGCAAUACACUCUAUGGAAAGACUAGAUUAGCUGCGAUCAUCUGUAUCCAGGACCUUUGCCUAGCUGAUCCAAAAUCAUUUACGGCUCAGUGGACAAUGCUCUUACCAUCUAGUGAUGUCCUACAGCCAAGGAGGUAUGAGGCAACACUGAUGAGUUGUUUGCUGUUUGAUCCAUUUCUUAAGGCACGGGUUGCAGCUUCCUCUGCCAUCAGGGCUAUGCUGGACGCUCCGUCAUCUGUUUUUCUUCAGGUUGCAGAAUUGAAGGAAUCAGCUAAAUGUGGAUCAUUUAUGGCACUCUCCAGCUCCCUUGGACAGAUUUUAAUGCAGUUGCACUCGGGGACUUUAUACUUAAUCAAACGUGAAACACACAGUGGAUUGCUAGCGUCCUUGUUCAAAAUUUUGAUGCUUUUGAUAUCAUCUACACCGUAUUCUAGAAUGCCUCGUGAAUUGUUGCCAACAGUUCUCUCUUCUAUUCAAGUUAGGAUUGAAGAAGGCUUUUUGUCCAGAAGUGACCAGAACAUCCUAUUGGCAACCACAAUCAACUGCUUAAGUGCAGCCUUGUCAGUCUCACCGCUUUCAAUUGAAGUCAAAGAUAUGCUUAUGGCAGAAGUAUCAGCAGGUUUCAUCAGUACUAAAUCAAAGUCGGGCAUUUUGUCUACGUUGUUUCGGUAUUGUGAACCAGGAGUAAGCCCAUCAGUAGGCUUUGAGGCACUUCAGGCCGUCAGAGCUGUGGCACACAACUAUCCUAGUGUGAUGAUCCUGUGUUGGGAAAAGAUUUCCCUUUUAGUUCAUGGAGUCUUGACCUCCUCUUCUGAGACAAGGUCUUGGAGGGAUAAUGUUGGAAACUCAAAUGAGCCAAUUGGAGACAAAGUCAUAACCGCUUCAAUCAAGGUGUUGGAUGAAUGUCUUCGUGCGAUCUCUGGAUUUAAGGGAACUGAAGAUCUUUCGAGUGAUAUGUCACUUGAUAGCCCCUUUACAUCUGACUAUGUCAAAUCAAAAACAAUCUCAUCGGCUCCAUCUUAUGGGCCACAUGAUUGUGUAGCAAAUAGUGAUGGAGCUGAAAAGCUGUCAGGAAGUGAGCAGUGGUUGGAAGCAAUAGUUCGGCAUUUGCCUCUUAUACUUCAGCAUUCUUCUCCAAUGGUGAGGGCUGCAUCAGUUACUUGUUUUGCUGGAAUUACUUCCACAGUUUUCUUUUCUCUACCAAAGGAUAAACAAGACUUUAUCAUGAGCUCUUGUGUUAAAACUGCAAAAAGUGAUGAGGUUCCGAAUGUUAGAUCAGCUGCUUGUCGUGCUAUUGGUGUAAUUGCUUGUUUUCCACACAUUUUCCAAAGUGCAGAGAUUUUCGACAAGUUCAUUUCUCCUGCUGUGGAUAACAGUCAUGAUUCCUCAGUGUCGGUUCGCAUAACAGCCUCGUGGGCUUUAGCCAAUAUAUGUGAUGCACUUCGCCACCAUGUUGAUGUACAUGGAUUUGAGAAAUUCUCUUCAGUGAGCUCACAGUCGAUUUCCUUGCUGAUUGACUGUGCUUUACAACUUACGAACGAUAAUGACAAGGUCAAAGCAAAUGCUGUGAGAGCAUUGGGUAACCUUUCAAGAGUUGUUAGAUUUUCAAGUCAAUCAUUUACUUAUGACAGGCAAGCAGAUUCAAUGGUUGUAUCUUCUGGGGGAAAGCCCACAAAAGGUUUGUCCAUUAGUGAGAAUCUGGGAGAAAGUCGAAGUUCAUGUAACGCUUACUUGGAAAGUUCUAAAUGGCUUGAGAAGAUGGUGCAAGCAUUUAUUUCUUGUGUUACAACUGGAAACGUUAAGGUACAGUGGAAUGUUUGCUAUUCACUAAGCAACUUAUUUUCCAAUCCAACGUUGAAGCUGGAAAACAUGAUCUGGGCGUCAUCAGUUUUUAGCAUUCUUUUGCUGCUCCUCCGUGAUUCCUCCAAUUUUAAGAUUAGGAUACAAGCAGCUGCAGCUUUGGCUGUUCCAGCAACCUUAAAUGAUUAUGGCAGAUCAUUCUUUAGUGUCCUUCAAGGUGUGCAGCAUGUUGUCGAGAGUCUCAGUUCUGAUGAGAUAUCGUCACCAUCAAAUUUGAAAUAUAGGUUGGCGCUUGAAAAACAGCUGACCUCAACUAUGUUGCAUUUGCUUGGCCUCACUUCCAAAACAGAUGAUCGCCAUGUCCAUGAGUUCCUAAUGAAGAAAUCAUCCUUCUUCGAGGAGUGGUUUAAGUUGGUCUGCAUGUCUCUUGAGAAAUCACCUAACCAGUUUGAGGCCGAAUAUUACUCUUCUGUAAACCACAAGAAAGAUGUAAUAUUCAGAGCGGUUAGGUCACUUAUUGAGGUGUAUGAAGUGCACGAUCUUCACGCUGUUGUACAAAGGUUUCACAAACUGUCCAACAUCCUAUAACGGGGUUUCCAGUUUUGUUCCUACUUUUUCUUGGUUGGUC